AUGGGCCAGGGCAGGCUCCCGGCCCGUCUGGGGCUGGCCUGCUGCCUGCUGCUGCUGGGGGGCUCGGGGGGCCUGGGGAGCCGAGGGACGCCGCGAGGGCCCUGGGAAGAGGAGCAGGGCCCCGUGACAGAGCGGGGACCGUGGGGCAGGGCGAGGUACGAAGCCAUGAAGAAGCACUUGGGAGCUGUAGGUGCUCUCUCCAAGCAGUAUUGGCAGUACCUGGCGUGCAAGGUGUGGCAAGAGGGCUGCGAAGAGGAGGAGGAAGAGGAAGAGUCCAGCCCCGGCCCAGGCUGGAGCUUGCCUCUGGUGGGUCAGGAUUACCUGGAGAUCCUCUCUGCCUGGUACUGCAGCUUCGGCAAGUGCUGCAAGACGGGAGACUGCAGGAUAGUCAACAAUGUCACAGGGCUAGAAGCAGACCUCAGUGGGCAGCUCCAUGGGCAGCACUUGGCCAAAGAAGUCAUCGUCCGGGCGGUGCAAGGGUUCCUGGAGAGCCCACGGCCGCAGAAGGCUCUGGUCCUCUCCUUCCACGGCUGGUCUGGCACAGGCAAGAACUUUGUGGCCCGGAUGCUGGCCAGUCACCUGUACCGGGAUGGGCUGAAGAGCGAGUGUGUCAGGGUCUUCAUCUCGCUCUUCCACUUCCCCCAUCACAAGUACGUGGACUCGUACAAGGCUCAGCUGAAGAAGCAGAUAAGUGAGACCGUGCAGCUCUGCAAGCAGUCCCUGUUCAUCUUCGAUGAGGCAGAGAAACUUCACUUCAGCCUCCUGGAUGCCAUCAAGCCUUUCAUGGCUCGCUAUGACGAUGAGGGCCAGGCGGAUUACCGGAGAUCCAUCUUCCUCUUCCUCAGCAAUCUCGGCGGCAACACCAUCAAUGAGGUAGCCCUGGACUUCUGGCGAGCCGGCCGGGCGCGGGAGGAGAUCUCCAUGGAGUUCCUGGAGCAGCGGCUGCGGCUGGAGCUGCUGGAGCCUGCAGAGAACGGUUACGCCCGCAGCCACCUCCUUGAAGAGAACCUCAUCGAUUUCUUCGUGCCGUUCCUGCCCCUGGAGUACCACCACGUGAAGCUCUGCGCGCGGGAUGCUUUCCUGGCCCGUGGCCUUCCAUACACAGAGGCAGCCCUCGAGGAGGUGGCCAGGAUGAUGGUGUUUGUCCCCAAAGAGGAGAAGCUUUUCUCUGCCCAGGGCUGUAAAUCCGUAUCCCAGCGCAUCAAUUACUUCCUUCCUUGAACACCAGGCGGGACUACACCAGUGGUGAAGGUGGUUCUGCACACUGGGAGCUGCUCUCCUUGCACUAGGUCAGGCAAGCAGAUGACCCAGCCAUGCACUUGCAUAGGGACAGAGACUUAACCCCUUGUUACUCCGAGGGCUGUUGGCAGGGAGGGAGGUGCACCCGCCCCAGCCUUACUCCUGGGACGCGGGGACAGCCUGCGCUUGGCUGUCUUUGAAGUCUGUCUGGUGUUUUAAAGACCCUUCUUUUAGCAGGUAGUAGUAACCUGAGGUGGUGGUUUGGUUGUGCUGACAGACAGGUUGUGCUCACAUGAAACAAACCAUCCAAGUCCUUGGUUUGUUACCGUGUCAUGAAGGCCUUGGACAGACUGGUCCUGUUGAGACGGUCCAGCAGAAGCCACAUCCUCAUCCCUGU